UGUAUGCAAUGCAUAAAUGCGUGUGUUGGGUUGUGCAGGACCUGUGCCGGGGCUGGUGUUAGUUGCCCUGAAGAUUUGGUAUGCAACGCAGAGGUCGCUACGGCUUGGCUGCUGUCACAGUAGUAGUACUGUCGUUGACAGAGAUCAUCAUGGCGGAGACUGGACGGUGCCUGAUGUCUGCGGCUAGGACACACUCAACAAGGCAGGGCAGAGCAGCAGCGUUUGCGUUCUCUUCAGGAGUAUCACCCAGUUCAUCAACGGACGCACAACGUCGCCACGUUAGAUUAAGACAGGGGCCUGUCCACUCUGCGCCUUGGCGUCUCUUGAACCCCCACUGCUGCUUUAGCAGCAGGAGUAUCAGCGACAAUGCGGGUGGCGGCGGAGCUUUUCCACCAGCAACUUCAAAGUGGUCCUCCUCGCGAGGUCGAGAUCUCCACCUCGGCAAGAUUGGCAGCAGCAGCGGUGGUGGUGCGCCGGGGUACGGGAAUAGGGCGAGGUGCGGGCAAGCGUGGAGCUUGUCGUCCACGUCUCAAUCGGCAGGCGAGCAGGAGGGAGCGUCUCCCACUGCUACUACUGCAGCAACUACAACAACUGCCAGCACGCGGCCAGGUCAAGUUGCGGAACCAGGGAUGGUCUACUUCGUGUCGACGCCGAUAGGCAACCUGGAAGACAUCACGCUGAGGGCGAUGAACAUCCUUAGAACGGCGGACGUGAUUGCCGCCGAGGAUACGAGAACGACCGGCAGUCUGCUCAAGCUGCUCGGGGUGGAGAGGAAGGGCAGGCUGGUAAGCCACCACGACCACAACACGAAGCGGCGCGUGCCCGAGAUCGUGGAAGCCGCGAGGGGGGGAAAGUCGGUGGCAGUCGUGAGCGAUGCGGGGACCCCGGGCAUCUCUGAUCCCGGCAUGGAGCUUGCCGCGGCGUGCGCGGCGGAGGGGCUUCGCGUAGUUCCCGUCCCAGGUGCCUGCGCCGCGGUCGCCGCCGUGAGCGUGGCCGGGUUUCCGUCCCAUGAGUUCGUCUUCUUCGGGUUCGUGAGCGGGAAGAGGGGCUCCGCGGUUCGACGGCGAAAGCUGGCGGAGAUCGCGCAGGAACCCCGGACGUGCAUCAUGUACGAGUCCCCCCACCGCAUCGCCGACACUCUCGGGGGACUGCUGAAGGCGUCCUGUCCGCCUCCCUCGGAACAUGUUGGCGGCCGCAGCGGAACCGAUUCGGGUGGUCCACACGAAGGAAACGAAACGACAGCGUCGUCAGAGGCACAGCUCGCUGCCGGGCGAAGGGGCGGGGCGGAGGGGAUGAGGUUUUUCCAGUGGCCGGUCGUCCUCGCCCGCGAGCUGACCAAGCUCCACGAGGACAUCUUCCGCGGCACGCUCGCCGAGGCUGUGGCUCGGUACGGGGGAGGGGAUGGGGUACCAGCUCGAGAAGGAGAAGGGCGAGAUGGUGUCCCCAGCGAUGGGGCUAGCGGAAUGGGCAGUGGCGGUGGUGGUGGUGAUGGGGUAGUCAGGGACCCGAGGGGGGAGUUUACGGUGGUUCUCGGGCCUCGUGCGGCGGCGGUGGGCGCGGGGGAAGAGGGGCAGGCGAGGGCGCUGGAGGCGCUGGAGGCCAGGCUUACGGAGCUGACGGCGGGAGGAAUGAGCACGUCUUCCGCAGUGAAGAUGGUCUCCAAGGACCUCAACCUCAAGAAGUCGGACGUUUAUCGGGUGGCGUUAAGUCUGCGGCCUUCUUCCGUCAAGGAGGACGACGGCUUAGACUGAUCUUUUUUUUUUUCUUUUGCCGAGUAGAGAGAAACGUGUAACUGGUGGUGACGUUGGAUUCCGUUCAUCCUGGAAAACGCGGCGUCUAGAAAGCGUAACGAGCUUUCAUCCAUUCGUCUGACGAUUCGUUUUUCCAUGUGUAGCGAAGGCGCGUCUUCAAUCAAACCCAAGAACGGCAUUUUGUAAGCGCAAACAUGCGGGAGCUGUUUCGACGGAUGACCACACUGUGGUGUCGGCCCUUAGGGUAAAGGGCCCCUGACGCUGCCUGUUUCUUGUGUCGAACGUCACCGAGACAAAGUUGGCAUCUUGGAACACGUCGCGGAAGGAGAGAAAUCGCACCACAAUUUUUGCC